AUGGGCUCCUUGCUCCGCACUUUAACCUACGUGACUUUGACACAUCCCAAUAUAUCCCUUGACCUUUUGACAAUGCCUGCUAAGCGCAAGUCUGACCAGAUGGAUACCACGCCCACGGGUAGUCCCAGCAAGAAAAUGCGCCUCACACAGCAACAGAAGCAGGCGUUGAUGGACAAUCUACAACUCGAAAUAACUGAGCGUGCACGCAAACUUCGUGCUCAAUAUGCCCUUCAGGCAAACGACCUUCGCGCGCGCAUUGACCGACGCGUAAACCGAAUCCCAGUCUCACUCCGCAAAGCCAACAUGGGAGACCUCUUUGACAAACACAAUGCCGCCUCGAGCAAACCAAAUCUUGCAUCGCCUCGGAAGCACUCACCUGCCAAGGUCUCGCGUAAUAUUAGCAAGCCCGUGGACACAGAAGCACGCGACGGUCGAUCCCGGAGGGGAAGCCACGACAACCUCUACUCCGACAAAGAGAACGCUCCCGGAAAUGGAGAGCCAGAAGGCCUCAAGAACCCCAAGCGUCGCGUGAAACCAGCCGCAGCAGGCGGGGCGUCGCGCGUGGUAUCUCAAGAAGUACGAGGCAACGAGAACCGGAUCCUGUCACCCAAGUCCAACAACUCCCGAACCUACCCACACUCACCCUUCCGCGCCUCCCCAGAGAAGGGCCAACCCUCUUAUCUAUCGCGUCCCACAUCUCCACUCAAGCCACUGAGCCCGCUGAGAUCACGCGGCGCCACCGUCUCAGCAGUGAAGGACUCACGGCCCCCAUCUCAGACACAGCGACCCACCAACCGUGCCGCCACAGGCCCCAAGUCCGGCCACUCCCCACUCCCACGUCCCGCGACCAGACAGGGCGAACGCAAGAACAGUACCGGAUCCACAGCAUCCUCGGGAACCACUGUUAGGGGGCCUUCGCGAGCUGGCGGCGCCCGAAAGGCCACAACGACUUCUACUGCCGCGGCUGCUAAGAAGCCCGCGCCUCGCAUGCAGGCUGCGUCAGUGGCAGUCAAGAAGACUGCGAACAACACCGCCAUGCGCAAGACUACCGCUCCUGCAGCAACUGAAACAGCCACGCGGACUCGGGCUCUGCGCAAGCGCAUUUAA